GAACAGGUUCCAACGAUUGUCCAUGUAUAGGGCCCAAAUUCCGUCCAGAACAAGAAUGGGCUGCAAUUAUGGGCCCAGCCCAACCCAACCCAACCCAACAAUUUCAGGGUCACCGGCGAUCAGCUGAACGACCACUCUUCUCUUCGCUUCGAACUUCGGAAUCCGGCCUAAUCCCGUAGGCCUCUUUCACUGUGCGUAAAAAAGCAGCGAAAAAUCGAUAGGGUUCCAUGGCAGGUAAUGGCCUGCCAGCUCUGGGUCGUGUGAAGCUCAGUGAUUUGAUACCAUUAGAAGGUCUUCCUUCUGAUUCGUACAAGUUAUCGGUUUCGACUUUGUCACAGUCAUUGGCUCAGUAUUCAGCUGCCAUUAUACAGUUAUCAACAAGUGAUGGAGCUCUAUUAAGGUCUAGUAUAGAGUCUGCCCGGCUUUACUUUCAACACAAACCCUCUUAUCCUCCUGCCGAUGUUAUUCAUUCCGACGAUUCUCGUGAAUGGUGUAAGACCUCUGGUUAUCAUGCUGAUCCUCAACAAUGGCAAGAAAAUUAUGAUUUCAGACCAGGGCUUACUCCUAUAGUAUCCAGUAGUGAUAUUGAGUUUGAGUUUCCUCCUGCUGGUUUGUCGGAUAUAUUCUCUUUGCUUGGUAGAGCAGCGAGAGAUAUAUUGGAUGCUAUUAGCUACUAUUUGAAUCUGCGUAGCUCUCCGUUUACUGAAAUACUUGAUAAUGUUCCGUUAAGAAACCGAGAAACAUCAUCAUCUGUGUUGUCAGUUUGUUGUCAUGCCAGGCCAUCUUUUCAGGGUGCUCAGCAUCAUGGCCUGACAACACAAGAGGAUGGUCAGUUAGGGAUUUUUUCAGAUCAUGAACAUCAGGUUGACAGAAGCCUUGUUACGAUUGUUAAGUCGGAUAAGCCUGGUUUGCAUGUGAGAGAUUUUCAUGGUCAUUGGGUUCUUGUGGAUGGUGAUCUUGGCCCUCAAGAAGCAAUAGUUUAUCCGGGACUUGCUUUAUAUCAGGCAACUGCGGGGUAUAUCAGCCCUGCACUUCAUCGGACAGACAUUGGUAAUCAGCAGGGUGGCAUAUAUGGACGAUGUUCGCUUUCUUUUAAACUUAUGCCCAAGUCAAUGACCAACCUCAAUUGUUCAGAGAUGCGGGCUGCUGGUCAUGGAGUUGAUGAUCAAUUCCAGCUUCCGGUACCGGUUGACGACUUCAUGCAAAGAUCAACUGAUCAGUUGCUUAACAGGAACAAUUUCCCAACAUUCAACUUUCCCACAGCCCAAGAAGGAUCUAUGAAGCCCAUGAUGAGGAGGAGGAAGAGUAACUCAAGAUCUAAACCACUUCCACCUUCAAAGAGGUUGAGAUUGGAGGCACAAAGAGUUCUCAAAGAGAGAGUUCAAGAUAUAGCUGAUAAAAAGGGCAUCAAGCUGAGGUUCUGCACCCUAAAGGAUUGUGAAAAUCAUAUCCAGUCACUUGAUAGCCCGUGUACAAACAUAAGAAUGGAGAUUGGAUGGCCACCGGGAGUUCCAUUUGUCCACCCACAUGAUCUUCCAAAUAAGGCUAAGAUUGGAUUUCUUGAAACAUAUGAACCUGGUUGGUCUGCAACUCAUGAUAUGGAGUUGAGCCUAAUUGAUUCCGGACAGCCAAGUCAACACACUGCGAAUUGAGUCCAUAUUGCUAUCAGAAUGCUGCCUGACGAGCGCUUGGAUCCUUGGACCAAUUUUUGGUUGCUUUAAUUAUGCUCAUCUGAUCCAGAUCAUGCUAAUUUGAAUACACAUUUCCAAUUAAGAUGUGUAGUGCACAAUGAGCUUUGUCGUUGGCUAUCUAUCCUAAUUGUUGUCCCUGUAAAUAUUAGUUUUCUAGAUGGAAUUUUAGUUCAAAUUCUGAAUUUGCCGGUUGUUUUCCCCGGCUCUCAUACUUAGCAGUUGUAGAACAUUUUAUGUUGGCCAAAGAGUUUGAAUUUAUGUAGUGAUUGGAUCUUCUGCUUUCA